CAUGAAAGCCUUCUAUUUACAUAAAAUUCAUUUAAAGGCGAGUUGAGAGGAUUUAUUGUUGUGGUGUAAGGAAAUGCUCUAUUUCAAAAACAAAGAGCAACAGUUCUAAGCAAAAGAUGAUACCAAUGCCAUAAAGGAGGAGCUCUAUGACAAAGUUUUGUCCUCAAUAUAUGAGAACUGCUUUUAAAUAUCUCUAAAAAAAAUUAUCAUCAUCAAAUGGGAGGCCCACUCCUGUAAGAGUAUGCAAAGGGCCUCAGUUAGAAAAACAAAUUGCUCAUUUCCUGUUACUUUUCCAUGUAGAGCACUGAGCUCGGUGUGACACCCAAACAACGAGGCAGUAAUAGUUACUGUAACUAUGUUUUAGAAUAAGACCCGGGUGGAGCUGCCAGUAGCAACUAUAAUUGUUAAUGUGGUCUCAUGAGUCUCUUAUUAUUUUUAAAUGACCGCAAAGGUCAUCCCGAGCGCCGCCUCGUUUAAAAAAAAAAAAAAAGUUCCAUCAAGUCGGACAUGAACACAUCGAGUUACGCCGGAAAUACACAAGAGAAACCCUCUCCAUAAAGCCACCAAACCUUUGUCAUAUUUGCGCAUCACCGAGGGUUUAUUUAUUUAUUUAUUUUGAGCCAACCACAGCUCGCAUCCUGGUCACUGACUUGACGCGGAGGAGCGGAGCUCCAGACGCGCACUGAAACCAGAUGUCACCACCAGCACAUUUCCUCUGGCACCGAAGUAUCUAACUGUCGUUUUUCCUUUUUUUAAAAAAAAAUCUUCCUGGAUUGGCAUUGCCCCAAAAUAGAAUAAAUAAAAAAAAUCUUCUUUCCGUCUUUCAUGUGAAGAAUGGGCUGCGCAAUAUCAGGUCUCGCAGCAAAAUCCGAGUUUGCAGAGAAGACUUCAGAGGAUGCUGCUGCUGCCGCGUAUCCCAGCGAGGACCAGAUUCAGAUGAUUAAAGACUCGUGGAAAGUUAUCCGGGACGAUAUAGCCAAAGUUGGGAUUAUUAUGUUCGUCAGGUUGUUUGAGACCCAUCCUGAAUGCAAGGACGUCUUUUUCCUCUUCCGAGAUGUGGAGGACCUGGAGAGGUUGCGGACCAGCCGAGAACUCAGGGCGCAUGGCUUGCGGGUGAUGUCUUUUAUUGAAAAAAGUGUGGCUAGACUGGACCAGCUGGACAGACUGGAGGCUCUGGCUCUGGAGCUGGGGAAAAGCCAUUAUCAUUACAACGCCCCGCCUAAGUACUACAGCUAUGUCGGAGCAGAAUUCAUCUGCGCCGUGCAGCCCAUCUUGAAGGAGAGGUGGACGGCCGAGCUGGAGGAGGCGUGGAAGACCAUGUUCCAGUUUGUGACCAGCCUCAUGAACCAGGGAUACCAGGAAGAGAGCGCCCGGCAGCGCCAGCUCGCGCUAUCCCCGAAGGAAAGACCGGACAAGAGAAACACAGCGCUAUGAGACAGCACUUCUUUUAAACGCCACACAGACUGUUAUCACCAGUACAGCACAAAAAUGCAGUUUGUAAAUAGCAUAUUAACCGUAAUGUUUUCCGUCUUGCUCACGUUUGGUCCUUUAGUAUUUCAACAGACAAAAACGAGCUGUGACUGUUUAGAAAGCACUUUAUUUUUGAAUUUAAAUUCUGUUGCUGUCCUCUUGUAUGAGAGCAGGACUCUGGUAUCACGGUGGGACAAACACAAAUGGGUGGAAACAUUUUCUGGCUGCAGUCAAACAUGCUUUGUGAUUGUGAUAAACAAAAAAAGGCAUCUGAAUUACAGCCAAUACUCCUCUCUGUAUUUAUAACUCAAACAUGCUUUCAGUAAAUCUGCAGCUUUCAACAUUUUCUGCACUAUUGAACCAAAUCAUGACAUCAUUCAGACAUUAGCUGAAGCUGUAAUAUACAUAUUGGUGUUAAAGUAUUUAAGACAGCCAGUUUAACAGCUUGGUAUCGGUAUGUAAAAACAGUGACUAGAAUAUUAGUUGUGCCUCUAAAGACAUAAUAAAAAUAAAAAAUAAAAUACAGUACAUGACAUUUGACCCCACCA